UGCAGCGUGUGCGACAGCGACGUGGACUUUGACUUUGACCAAUUAGUCAGCUGCGAUGCGUGCGGCAUCACCGUGCACCAGUCCUGCUACGGCGUCGCCGAGCUGCCGGGCGUCGACGACAUGUGGCUCUGCCGCGCAUGCGAGCUCAAGGUGCGCCGCGACGCGAAGGCGCCGCAGUGCUGCCUGUGCCCUGUAACGGGCGGCGCGCUCAAGCCGGCUACGGACAAGGGGCUGUGGGCGCACGCGGCAUGCAUGCAAUGGAUCCCCGAGGUCACCGUGGAGGACGUUUCCCGCAUGGAGCCCGUGUCACACAUCAAAUCCAUCCAGAAGGAGCGCUGGGACCUGCUCUGCGUCAUCUGCAAGCAGCGAGUGGGUGCGAAGAUCCAGUGCACGUCUUGCUACACUGCGUACCAUCCGCUGUGCGCGCGCAUAGCCGGCCUCCACAUGGAGAUC